AAAAGCAAACCCUUUUCAGGUUCCUUUUAUAAUUCUCUCACAUUCCUCUGCAUCCAGUUGAUAGUAAAGAACAAGAAAAAACUUUGAAACACCAAAAUGGAUGAGAACAAGUAUUACUUGAAGAGAAGUCAAGUUCCAGCAUUUGGUAGCUGGGAUUGUAAUGAUAAUGAUUUUCCAAUUCCAUUUACAGAGUGUUUUGAAUCAGCUAGACAAGCUGGUUUGCUUCACUAUACUUACUCACAAGAUUCAGAUUUGUAUGUAACUGGAGAUCUUUACCAGAAUCAUAUGGUUACUCCUACAAUGAUCGUUGUUCCUCGUCGUAAGAAAAAAGGAAGUUACAAAGAAGGAAGAAAAGAGGCAUGGGUGAUGUGUGAUAAUUGUGAGAAAGAGUCACCAAGGCAUGUUGCUCCAACAGCUAAAUCUGUGCCCAAAAAGCCUGUUGAUGAAGAUCUCUACAAGAUAUCUCCUGAUUUGCUCUACCCUAAGUCUAAAAUGAAAGGCAUCAGAGGAUUCAUGUCAAGCUGCUUGUUGCCAACUUGUGGUUGUUGAAACUAAAAUCCAAUGCAUAUAAGAGAAUUUGUGUGUUAGUAUAUACUCUUACUAUAGAGAUAUUUGAAGUGUUUUUUGGGUGGUUUAAACCAGCAGUUAAAAGUGUCCAAAAAAGAGAAGAUAUAUGGAAUGUUGGUCAUCUCAAGAAGAUGAAUAUGUAGAAUUGUCAUAUUGUACAAUAGAGGAAGAUUUCCCUUUUAUUCUCUGUUGGAACCAGUAUGUUUCUUCUUGGAAGUAUUUUGAUGUAUCCUAGUAUAAAUAAUUCUGGUGGUGUAAUUUAUAAAAUUAUGAGGAAUUUUACGGGAAGUUGGAACUAAAAAGCUUGUAGUAUUAUCAAUUUAUGAGAAAAACGAGAAGCCUCCUUGUUGGAUCU